GUUAUUGGAUCUUGCACAUGGUUGAAACUGCUAAUAAGAGUAACAAAAAAGCUCUUUUAAUAUAUUUGGUUUCUAUUUUCCAAUAUUUUUUGCCAUCAGAUCAUUUUAGCACCAAAUGCCAAUAUAGAGUUACAAAUGAUAACAAAAAUCUUCUUGAAGGUAUACUUAAAUAUGAUACCUUCUCUGAAGAUGAAGUUAUAAAAAUUUUAAGUCAACUUCAAGAACAAA